ACAACAAACAAAUCUAACCUAAAAUAACUCUCGUAUCUUCUUUCUUUAAUUUGCUUAAAGCUGCAUUAACUUCGUUCGUAAAGCUUUGAGUUUCAACGACGAUGUACCCCAAACUAUCCAAUUCAGCGACCAAUCUGUUAUGGGCCAAAGAAUAUCUCGGUUCGUUUUGGUAAAUAGUCCCAACUCGGGUCCAAUUGAAUUUAUCUAAUAAUGAUAAUCUCGGGGGGUUAAAAGCCAUAUCGGAGGGGACUAUCCGAAAAAAAUUGGGAUUAGAGAUGGUUGGAAAUUCCUUCGCAACGAAGCGGAAUUCAUCCCGAAAUCGGAAAUGUAUUUACGAGAAGAACGUUAAAGAGCCCCAAAACAUGGAGUUGAGGAGGAGCAAAAGAGUCGCCGCGAAGAGAGUAACGAUUCCAAUUGGGUUUUUUUCGAGCGGACUUAAAUCAACUUCGACUCGAAACAACAAUAAAACAGAUUUUGGUCACGGUAGGCUCGUAUUAAGCGAAGAUUUACACGCGUUAUUAAACAACUUUAACGCAACACCGAAAUCGUCGUCUUCGUUCGACGAGGAGGGCAACGAACGUUUUGGGCGGGCAAAUUCGGACGUGGUGUUUCCCGCCGGAAUUUUGCCCGAAAAGAAAUUGGUGGGCCGCCAGAAAACUUACGCGGACAUCGCCGAUUAUUUCCGCGAGGUUUCCACCAAAAAUCCAACCCCAAAAGCGGCCAAACAAGACGGAGAAGUUCGUUUUAGCAACGAGGAAAACGAAGUUGGACUUUGCAGUCUUUGGGGGGUUUCACCGAAAAGGGCUGAAAUUAGGGGGGAAUCACAAUCGAUUUAUGAAAGAAAGUUAACUCAAAACAAAGAUUUAACUCCAAUUAACAUCUCAUUUUGCGCCAACCUCCUUCUUGAUAUCAACCCAUCUCGAAGCAACUCAAAAAAAUCGUAUUUAUUGAAAGUUCGUCAAACCACGCAAAGUUUCAACGAAAUCCUCGACGGGAAAUCCCCCUCUUUACCUUUAUUAACAUCAAAAAUGAGUACGAAGCGAUCCCUUCCUGAUGAUUACGAUGAUAAUAAUUUGGCCGCUUCGGCCGCUGUGGCAUUGGUGCCUCAAUCGCAGUGGGUUUACAGCACUCCGGAUAAAUGUGGCAUGAAAAAAUUCGUUUUUGAGGAUCGCAACAAAGAAAAAAUGGUCCCCGCUGUAAUCCAAACGACGAAAAAGAAUAAAGUUUUAUACGACAUCAAAAAUGAGUUGAUUCAAAACGUUAAUUUGAACCGAUUUGUUAAAGAUGACGCGGUUCCCAUCGAUAAGCGAUUUUUAAACCCCAUCUACCAAGAAGAUAUUUCGGUAAAACGCGUUAAAUUAGACGAAAAAGAGAAUUUUUUUAACUUUAAGGAGCCGCUAUCGAAAAAAGUUAGCGAUUUUAAUGUUUUUUUAUCGAAUAACGAAGAGAAAACGAUCGAUAUUGAAGCCCCAUCGAGUUCCCCCAUGGAUAUUUCGCUACCGUUAAGCGAAGAAUCCUUCGAUAUGAACUUAUUGGUGGAAGAUCCGUACGAAAAGGCGCCCAUUGAUUACCAACAUCAAUUAUUAUUAGCCACUCAAAGACCCUCAAAGACAACAAAAAAGAUUCCUAAGCGACACAUGUUAAAAGCGAAAAGUUUGAGUUUUGAGGCAACUCCACCUCGAGGGCGUCCUUUGGGGUUCGAACCGAAAAAGUUGGAGUGUUUGGAUGAGUUCGAAGCGCAAUUUAAUCGAUUAGGUGAAAAAAAUGAUAAUAAAGAUGAAAAAAGUGAUAAUAAUAAAGCGGAAAUUAACAUCGCGAAUUUCGUCGUUCCGGCUUUUAAGUUUUAUCCGCGAAUAAAUUACGAUUGUAAUAAAUAAUAAAUAAAUGUAAGCUUAAGUUUUGAGUUAAGUUUAAGAGUGCAAUUAAAAGGUUCUUCCGAAUGAUUAGUUUUUUUUUAUGGAAGAAAAGUGCAGUUAUAGCAAUUAAGGUUGGUUUUCUCUGUAUCAAAUAAAUUUAAAUAAAAAAAAACUUAAUAUUUUUUUAGGUUAUCAUAAUAAUGAGUUUAUUUUGUGAUUAUAUUGAUUUAAUUAAUAAUAAAAGAGUUUCUAUGAGAUAAUUUAUCGCAAAUAAUUGUAUAUAUACUAUAUAAAGUUUUAUUUUUUAAGAGAUUAAAUAAAACUACGAAUAACUAUCA